AUGGAUCGGGCGCGUGGUGGUGCCGCAGGCGGUGGCGGCAGCGCAAGCAGCAGCAGCAACAGCGCUGGUGCAGCAGCUGGUGCCCCAUCCCGGCGCCGCACACUUCCUCCUUCAGCAGCUUUGUCCUCAUCGUCAGCACCAGCUUCGUCUCACCACAUCUUCACCCACUCGCGUGCUGACAUGCCCAAUUUCACUGCAAACUCUUCCCCUGCAUCUUCUUAUUCUUCUCCUGCCCGCCCGUUUAAUUCGGCUCCGUCCCGCGGCGGUCGCAUGCGUGGUGGUGCCGCUCCCUCCAUGGCGCGUUCAGGCGAUUUUUCCGACAAUAUCUCCCCAUCUCGGACACCUCGGUCUGAGAGGUCGGCUAAGCCAUCAUCCCUUUCUCAGUCUUUUUCCUACUCCACGCCCUCGCCCACCAUGUCACAGAGGACCCUGAUGACCCGCAAGCGCUCUCAGACUUUUGAGUUUGAUGGCGAUGGCAAUCCCCAUGAUGAGACCGUCUCCAAGGGCGGCCAUUCCCUCCGCAAGCGUACCCGCAUCGACUAUAGCCACAUCGAGCAGGACGCCGACGCCGAUGCUCAGCGGCCCGACGGUAAGAACGUCCUGGCUUCUGGCCAGCGCGGCCGCAAGAGGAAACCCACUUUCAGCGUCGUUGACGACGAUUCUGAUGAUGCCGGCAACCACUCUGCCAAGAAACUGCGCUUGUCGCGCCAGCGUGAGGUCCUUUCUCCUGCAUCCGCCCGGCGCAAGCAGCCGGCCGCUCCGGCUAGGAAGACUGUUACCGACGAUCGCGUCUUUAUUGACGAGUCUUCUGACAACGAUGUCAAGGAUACCAUCGAGGUCGGUGUCACCUAUGAUGACGACUCGGAGUACUCUGAGGAGCAGUCUUCUUUCAACCAAUCAGAAUCGAGCAAAUCAUCUGCAGAGGAUAUACCUGCUGCCGAACCCGUCUCCCAGCCACUUGAGCAGUCCGAGCAGCCGGUAGUCGCUGAACAGCCUGCCCCAUCCCAGCGUGCUGUCUCUGCCGCCGCCGACCCUGCUCCCAAGGUUGUCGUCGACAAACCUCUCGAGGAGCCUGCUGCCGUUACACCAGCCAAAGUCUCCGCUGUCGAGGAGGACAAGCCUUCUCAGGCCGCAGACAAGGCUGAGCCGCAACCCCAAAAGUCUCCGGAGCCCACUCAGAGCUCUGAUGAACCUCACCCCCAUGUCACUGCUCUCAACGGAGUCCUACACUUCACCCGGAUCCGUCCACGGUCCAAGCUAUUAUCCGAGUCUCUUCGCUCUUCCACACCUCCUAACACUACCCACCGCGACGUUGACGCAUCGCCUCAACCCAUUAUUAAGGAAGAGCCAACUACGCAGAACCCUGAUCUUCAGAAUGAGCGCCAACCAACUUCAAAGGAAGCCUCCCCGGAGCCUGUCACCAUCCCCUCCAAGGAACCUACUCCGGUCCUCGUCGCCUCACCUGCUGCUGUCGACGAAGCUGCUCCCGAGGCCGCAGUCGACAAGGUGGAGCCAAAGGAAGUGCCUGCUCCAGUUGUUGAAGCAGAGACCAGGCCAUCUCCGCAGCCACAGUCAGAGCUUCCUAGCACCCCUUCUGCCUUACCUGCUACUGCGAGCACGGAACAGGAACGUUCCGGCCCAGAGCCUAGUCCGCUGCAAUCACAGUCCACUGCGCCAGCCGAGGCUGCAGUCGAUACUCUUGCUGCCGACGAGCCCUUAUCUAUAUCCGAACCUAAACAAGAUGGUGUCGCCACAGAGGAGCCAGACACUUCUAUGCCCGAUGCGCCUUCUCAGGAGAGCCCUGGCGAGCUUCGUCGCUCUAGUCGACGUAGGAAGUCGACUAUCAAAAUGGGAUCCAAGGAGGAUGAGAUCCCUUCUCCCUCGAACAAGUCCGCUGCAAACGAGCAGAACGAGACUGCACGACAACAGUCGAGUCCGGAGCUGAGCAAGAAGUCCUUGGCCAAGGCUGCUAACAGCACCACCUUUCCCGGCGAUCCUUUCGCCCUCCUCAGCCCCUAUGUUGACGGCCAGGUCUACUUCCCUGAAAUUGCCGAGGACUCGGUCGCUGCGACGCCCAGUGCCGACCAAAAUGGAGAAGCUGCCGGCGAGGCCGCCGACGCCGCCCAGCUUGAUGUUCAAGAUAGCAUCGAAGAACAGCUGGUCGCUGAUCAGCUCGACGGCCUAGAUGGUCCGGACGACAACGGUGGGUCCGGAAUCGUCACCCCCAAUGGCGACUUUGCUGCCAUGUCUCCAGCUGUCGAAGACCGCCAGGAUGCGGCCACCGACUCUGCUGCGCCUGGGAGCACCCCCCAGAUUGCUCUCAACGGCAUUGAAGGCACCCCCAAACCCACGCGAUCAAGAAAACAGUAUGCGUUUAAGAAGCUUCGAGAUCCCGAGGAGUUUGUCGAGGCGCUCAAGGACUACAAGAAGAUGGACACUAAUACCCUCUUCAAUGUCCUCGCUGCCGUCAACAACACACUUGUUACCUGGCAGGACGAGUACAACGAGCUACGCAAGAUCACAGACGACGAGGACAACGCGGUGCGCCGCCGACAACAGGACCUCAACUAUGAGAACAAGGUCAACAUGGCCUUCAAGAAGAACAACCCCGACACCGAGGUCUUGGAGCGUGACUUCGCUAUCAAGGGAGUCCGCGCCAAAGAGUUCAUUGCAGACCCCGGCAAGCUGCGGCAGAAGCAACAGGACAAGCUCAUGUCCGAAAUCUACUUCUUUGAGCAUGACCCACGAGAGGCCAUGGUCGGCAAACAGGACCCGGAGGAGCAGCGCGAAGGUCUGCAAAAUACCAGACUGCGCAACCGUCCCAGGAUGACCCAGAAGGCUGUCGAAGCCGAAAUCGACCCGGAUGCUACCGGACCUGGCAAACGAACCAGGAAGAAGAAGGUGCUCUCGGAUGAGAGCCGUGAUGCUAGCCGUGCAGGUACUCCCGCCGCCGCAGCACCCACUCGACGCCGUCGUAGAAAUGCUGGUGCAAGAGGCGCAGCUCUCGCCCAAGAAGAGGCGGAGACUGACGCCGAGACCAUCGCAGCUGACGACGUCAACGGAGAUCUGCCUCCUCCAGUGUCUCUCACUAAGCAUGGGAAGCGCCGAGGUCGCCCUCCAGGAACAGGCAAGGCCGCUAUGGCUGCGGCAGCAGCAGCGAGAGCCGCCGCAGAGGCUGCCCAAGAAGAGCAGCCGAAGACGGGACGUGGGAAGCGGAAGCGUGCCACCAAGGCCGAUGAGGGCAAGCAGGUUCCUCCCGUGCCAGCUUAUAAAGAUGAGCCAAAGAACGAGAACCCGGAGUUGCUGCCGCAGCCUAAGAAGCGUCGCAUCAAGGUCCUCAACGGCAACAAGCCAGACGAGAUUGCCUCCACCAGUUUCUAUACUCAGUCUUCUGCUGAUGCCGAUGCUGAUGACGAUGAUGAAUCGCGCCCCUCCUCCUCCGGAUCUGAUGGCACGGUUGAUACUGUCGAGUCGAACUAUUCUCUCCGCCCGAAGCGGCGUCGCAAAUUCAAAGAUGACGAGGAGCAAAACUCUACUCCUCCCCAACAGCCGAAGCGUCGCCGAGUCACAAACACAGUCAAGGCAACCCAGCAGUCUUCUCAACAGCCCACUCCCGCCGAACCGGUCCAGACUAUCGCACCUGCAGCCCGAUCCUACGGCCAGGACAUGCAGUACCACUCCGCCCCCGCCCCCAUGCCAGGCACCUCUGUGUAUCAACAAUACCCGCCGCCGCCGCCUCAGCAGCACAUGCACCUGGCACCCGCUCCCGCAGGAGGAGCCGUUCAGCCUGGUCCGCCUAAGCCGCGACCAGUCAAAUUCAAGCACCACUACUCGAACCCGGGCCACCCGUCUGGUGUCGCACCCAUGCCGACGCCCACGUCGAAUUCGCUGCCCGGCUCGGCCUCCUCGUCGCGUGUGCAGACUCCUGCCCCGCCUGCCCAGCAUAUCAUGCUCCCUGCAGGAGGUGGUGCCUCUGGUGGUCCUACCGGCGAGAAUGGCGGCGAAGAGCACAAGGAGUAUACCCAGAUGACCAAGAGCGAGAAGAUGAGCCAUUCUAUGAAGACUCGAUGGGCCAACGGCUCCAUGCAGGCCGCUGUCGCCAAGCGCAAGGCCACCCUGGCUGCCAAGAAGGCCGCUGCCGCGCAGGCUGCCACUGUCCCCCCGGCGCCGCCCACGGCUGGCACUCCCGCACCGAGCAGCGCGGCCACUCCCGCUCCCGGAAGCAGCGCCGGCUCCACGCCUGUGCCGAUGGGGCCGGCGAUGUAA